AUUUCAGUAAACAAUUUUUUCCCAAAACUUCAAACGUUCAUAACGAAAAAAAAAUGUAUUCGCCUUCGGCGCAACAUUUUACAUUACAACAAUUAGCGAACAUUGCACUUGGCUGUGAACAAAUGACUGGGGUCAAUACCGUUGUACUGCAUAGCUUGCUCAACCUGGUGUUGAAGAAGUUGAAUUGCCAAAACGAAAAGGUAUCGAUAAGUGGCUAUGAAGCCAAACAAAUGGCAGAGCUUUUGGAAACAGCGCACACAUCACCAAUUAUUUUCCAUGAGGAGAACUUUAAUGUCGUUUUAGAAAGAUUUGAGAAUUUGGAUGAGUUAGAGAAACGACUCGAUGCAGCCGAGGUGCAAUUAAAAGAACAUUUGCUGGGCAUACGUCGCUAUUUGAGUAAACUUGAAAAUCUAGAGCCUUGUCGAUUUGAUGAGAACGAUUACUAUGAACUAUGUGAGGAUUCUUGUAGCACACCCAAUCCAGAUGUUAAGGCUACCUGUGAUAUGCUCAGCAGAACAUCCUUUCUCAAAAAUAUAUUGCUACAUAUAUAUCAUCCCAUCGUCAAGGCAUACUUUGCAAUUGAAGACAAGUUAAACGCACUCCAAAAAGCGAUGUGUAUGCUAAUACAACGAUUAGAUUUAACUCUGAAUAGCUUCGCUCUCAUUAAUUCAGUAGAAAGUGAGUUUGAAUGGAGUAGCCUCGAAUUCGAUAGGCUGCAUCUGGGCUUUAUUAAAGCUUUGAACGAGAUACAAGAUAUACUCGAUGCCAAGGCCGAUAAGUUUCAAAUGGUGCAAUUGAAAGACUAUAUAGCAGAACGAUUCGAUUUGAUUUGGAAUAAAUUGAAUAAAUUGCUUAAAGAAGGCCGUUGCCAAGAGGCGAGUGCUGUUAUAUUUGAAGAUAGAAAAUCCGUGCCAACAACAACAACAAGAAAGAUAAAACCAAAAAUUAAAUGUACCUGUGGGGGUGUCCAUUUGUCUUCAAUACGGGAACAAAAGCUGCUGGAUCGCAUAAAACGUAUAGAUAUUGAACGCGUAAAAGCUCUUCUGGAAACAAAAGGCCGAAGAUCUUACUAUCUGCCAAUGUCAUAGAAGAAAAGCGAUUGCUAUUGAUAUUCAGCUGGAUAUUCUCAUUUUGUACGCUCACAAUGAUUUCAAAAUUUUGCUGCUGUAUUUCGUUGGUGAUUAUAUAAAAACAUUCGGGGAAAAAACGCUUUAUGUUUUAAAUAAAAUAAAAAUUUAAAAACUA